ACAGUGUGUGUGCUCUCUUUCGUAUCAUUUUUGUCCCGAAUUAUUAAAAACAAAUAUGUUCAAAUUUGAUUUUCGGGUUGACGAGUGUGAUAAGGAUGAUAACUUUAAUGACACAUUCUACCAAAAAGAUUCGCCAAGUUGCUUGUACCAAGAGGAAACUUCCUCACUUAAUUGCCAUGAAGCCACAGAAAUUUUACCUUCGCAAUCUAUUCUGGACAAUAUCGACGUCUAUCGCUUGCAAUGUCAUACUAAAAUAUUGAAGAAUGUUUGUAUAUCGCAUUUAAGCGGCGGUUUUUUAUUAGAGGACAUAAGGAAUGCCUCUAAUUCAGAUAUUAAGAAAGCCCACGAGCAACAUUCUGAUUUAGUGCCAGGCGUUUACGAAGGUGGUGCAAAGAUCUGGGAGUGUACCGAUGACGUUUUAAAUUUUAUGGCGGAAAAGUACUCUCAAGAUUGGUGGACGCGUAAAAGAGUACUUGACUUGGGCUGCGGUGCUGGUUUACUGGGCAUUUACGCCUACAAACAAGGGGCUCGUGUCGAUUUUCAAGAUUAUAAUAAAGAUGUCUUGCAGGAAAUUACUAUACCUAAUCUAUUAAUCAACAUCACCGAGCAAAUGCCGUUAGAGGAAGUCUUCGAAAAUGUGAAAUUUUAUUCAGGUGAUUGGAGCAAAUGGACAGAGUUCUGCAAAGGCUCCUAUAUUUAUGAUGUUAUUUUGACCAGCGAAACUAUUUACAAUCCCAGAAAUCAAGAAAAACUAUUGCGUUGCUUAAAAGAUAAAUUAAAACUAAACGGCGUCGUUAUUUUGGCUGCGAAAACUCACUAUUUUGGAGUUGGUGGAGGACUGCAUCAAUUCGAAGCACUAUUAAAUUCAGAAAAAUGUUUCGACUAUCAGAUUGUGUGGACUUCAUGUGAAGGCGUCAGUAGACAAAUUUUAUUACUAACAAGAAGAAGGUGAAGAAGAGUAAUAUGUUGUAUACAAAAUUGUAAAAGUUGUAAAAAUAUUUGAUAAUCAAAUUAGUUCGUGAUUUUAAAGCAAUAAAACCAAUGUGAAUAAAGAGAGAGAGAGAACACAGUU